AGGAAACGACUUUCUUCUAUUUGAUUUUGACCAAGAAGAAGAAGGAAGAGCAGCCACCAUCGUCGAAGCCCUAAUCAAAUAUGAAAGGCCUUUCUAGUUUCUUCUACUGCUUCUUUGACCUUUACUUCUUGCGCUUAUCCCACCCUGUCUAUUUCCCUUGCUUUCAUUUUUUCUACGGGUCUUGGAGACUGCUCCGUCUCCCUCAAUCUACAAUGGGAAACUGCUUCCGGAGACCCGCCAAGUGUGCUCAUGCUUCUUCUUCCAAUUUUUCCGGAAAUGAAAAGCCUAAUUGUAAGGCAAAGCAGGAUUCCACAACUUCCAGUGAGCAAACACCUUUGGGAAAUUCGAGCACAUCCUUUAUAAUAUCCAAGGCUGAUACAUCUCUCAACGGCCAUCCCAAGUCCUUUGUAUUUAGUGAUCUCAAGAAUGCAACCAAGAGUUUCCGCCCAGAAAAUUUACUUGGAGAGGGAGGGUUCGGGUGCGUCUUUAAAGGAUGGAUUGAUGAGAACACUUUCGCUCCCACUAAACCAGGAACUGGGAUAGUAGUUGCAAUAAAGAGACUCAAGCCAGAGAGCUUUCAAGGCCACAAGGAAUGGCUUGCAGAAGUUAACUAUCUAGGGCAGCUUCACCAUGAAAAUCUCAUGAAGCUCAUUGGUUACUGUUCAGAGUCUGAGAACAGGCUCCUUGUAUACGAGUUUAUGCCUAAAGGAAGCUUGGAGAAUCAUUUAUUUAGAAAAGGAGUUCAACCUCUUGCUUGGGCUACACGAAUGAAUAUUGCAAUUGGUGUUGCACGAGGAUUGGCCUUCUUGCAUAGUUUAGAUGCCAAUGUAAUCUUCCGUGAUUUAAAGGCUUCUAACAUUCUACUCGACUCGGAUUUCAAUGCAAAGCUUUCAGAUUUUGGUUUAGCAAGGGAUGGACCAACAGGAGAUAAUACCCAUGUUUCGACCAGAGUUGUGGGAACCCAGGGAUAUGCUGCCCCAGAAUAUGUAGCCACAGGUCACUUGACUCCAAAGAGUGAUGUUUACAGCUUUGGGGUCGUCUUAUUAGAGUUACUGUCAGGAAAACGGGCUAUGGAUGAUGAUAGAGCUGGAUUUGUAGAGGAAACCUUGGUGGAUUGGGCGAAACCAUUUUUGAAUGACAGCAGACGAGUUUUGAGGAUUAUGGAUACCAGGUUGGGGGGUCAGUACUCCAAGAAAGGGGCCCAAGCUGCAGCUGCACUUGCAUUACAAUGCCUUCACAGAGAUCCCAAGAAUAGGCCUUCUAUGGUUGAUGUUCUAUCCAACUUGGAACGACUCCCCACAUCGAAUGUUGUUUCCAGGAGCGCCCAGGCUAAGGUUGAUCAUCACAGGGUCAAGCAUUUGAGUCACUCCCACUAGACAACAAUUGAACUCAAACAAACUAUGUAUGUAUGCAGAUAGCCACUUGGUUCUUUUGUUUCCUUCAAAAAAAAAAAAAAUGGAAGGCUUAUUGUUAGAGAAUUAUUUGCUACUUGAGUCUGUAAAUUUUUUCAUGUGCUACUGUGAGUGAUUAAUUAAGGAUCAAAGUCAUCUACAAA